CCUUCGGCUUGCCGUAGCUCUACGUUGCUUCACUCCGCGAGAAUGCGGAAGUUUUUGUUUACUGUUGUGAGUUUGCCGAAAGAAGGCGGCAGCUCGAAAAGAAGCUCAUAGCUCUGAAAGUGUUAAGGAACGAUGGAUCUAAAUCACGAGUCUGUUAAAAGGAUUCUCUCUAAGUACAAAUUUCACGAUGUUGCCGUUGAGGAAUUACAGAAAAUUCACCUUAAUUACCCAGACAUGAAAACAGUGGCCGGCACUUACACAUUCACUGACAGUUCUCAGAAGGACCUGCUGAAGGUGCUGGGAAACAUCCCUGUCAGAUACCAAGGUCAUUCCUACAACUUGCCUAUCCAGUUGUGGCUGUUGGAUUCGUUCCCCUUCACGCCACCUAUCUGCUUUCUUCGCCCCACAGCCAGCAUGGUGAUCAGGGAGGGCAAACAUGUGGAUGCCAAGGGCCGAAUCUACCUGCCUGCACUACACAACUGGGACCAUCCCAAAUCAUCUGUAAUAGCACUGCUGGAGGAGAUGAUUGCUAAGUUUGAAGAGGAUCCUCCUCUGGCCAUGAAGUCUACAGGAGAUGGAAAAGACCUCAAUGAGCUGCAUGCAAUUGUUUCACAUCUAAACAUCACUGAAGGUGGAAAUCGGCCUGAUCAGAGUGUAAAUAAGGUCUCUGUGAUUGGAGGAGGAGACUUGGGGAUGGCUGCUGUGUUGAGUAUAAUGGCAAAAAGUUUUGUGGACAAACUGGUUUUAAUCGACAUACCAGAGAGUUCAACCAAAGGAGGCACCAUGGACUUGGAGAUUUUCAGCCUGCCGAAGGUGGAAGUCUCAAAAGAUCUGUCAGCCUCAGCCGGUUCUAAGGUGGUGGUGGUUACUGCAAACGCUUGGAAUAAUGAGCAGUCAUUUGUGAGUGUGGUGCAGACUAACGUGGAUCUGUAUGGGAAGAUCAUCCCGAGCCUGGCUCGCCUCAGCCCCAAUGCAGUGCUGCUCAUCGCCUCUCAGCCCGUGGAGAUAAUGACCCAUGUGGCAUGGAGACAGAGUUGCCUGCCACCUACGCACGUGAUUGGUGUAGGCUGUAACCUGGAGUCCGAGAGGCUCUCUUACAUCGUCAACGUGGCAAUACUGGCCAACAGUACCAACAAAAAAGCCUGGGUCAUAGGAGAGCAAUCUGACAACAAGGUCGCUGUCUGGGCUAAUGUAGGUGGGGACAAGCACCAAGUGUUGGUCCCAGUCUCCAACUCCACAAGACCACUGAUAGACAGGGCGUUUGAGAUGUUGAAGGGGAGAGGUCAGAGGUCAUGGUCAGUGGGGCUGUCCAUCGCUGACAUCACACACUCCAUUCUUACAGACCAGAGAAAAACACACUCCAUCACUACUCUGGCUCAGGGAUGGGGAGGUAUUGGCUCUGAGGUGUUCCUCAGCUUGCCCUGUGUGUUAGGAGUGAACGGAUCCACCCGUCUGGCAGGAGUGUCCCUCGGCACAGAAGAUGAUGCCAAGCUGAAGGAGAGCGUCUCAACUCUGAGCAACCUCAUCACGCAGCUGAGGAUUUAGCUCCAAAACCCUCUCAGAUCCCAGCAAAGACUUUCAAUGCCAGCAGCAGCAUCAUAACAGUAACAGCAAAUCCGGUUGCAAAAGAAACCUCAUCCAGAUCUACACAUUCUCGCAGCUCCCUCAGGGCUGUGUUACAUUCUCAGACUGCAUGAUGCCUUUUGACAAACAUCUGAAUUCAAGAAACACACAAGUACACAGAAUGUAAAGACUCAGAAAGCAGGUGAUAAGAGUGACAUGCCCUGUUCUCACAUUUUGUGUCCCAGAUACACAUAUACAAGUCAAAUAAACAAAAUUAAUUUAGCAUAGAAUAAAUUUCAUCACCUGAAUAUAUUUCUUUUAUCCCUCUUUCAUUUUCUCAGUGAAGAUUCAAACUGUUUUCACUUGUAAUUUCUAAAAUCUCAGCUAGCCUUUCCUAUUAGAAGUAACUGGCAUGAACAGCCUUCAUGUACACACUUUAUUAAAGGUUCAUAUCGAGAGCAUUUUUAAGCAACAUUCGCAAUAGCGCCCAGAAGCUAUCUCAAUAUACUGUGUUAUUGUUUUUUGCACUUUCAUGUUUGUUUUUGUUUUCUUACUGUUAAUGAGAUGAUUAUUUAUGGAACUGAUUAUACCAGAAAAUGAAGGUACAACCCAGGAACAAUGUUCUGACCCAUAUUACUGUGAUUGAAAUAUACCAAAGCACUCUGGACUAAUGAAAUGCCUUUUUCUAUUUGACUUUUUUCACGUACAUGUAUAAUCUACUUUACUUAUUGAGGUGUCUAAAGACUAUCACACUACUCGUAUUUAAAGGGAACGGGUGAAGGGUAAAUAUUUGUUUUUGAAAUUCGGACUAAGACUGCACUGUGUUGCACUUUUCUAAGAGAUGAAGUGGUUCCUUGUGUGUUGAUGUAAUGCAUUGUACCAACCUGCUGUUCUGCUUUAGAAAGAAAUCACACAGCAGCAUUGAAUGCACACUGCUAAUAAAGAUCUGCCAAAGCAGUAAUAUAAUAUAAAUACUCUCAUUGUAAAAUGUCUCA